UUUACACUCUUACGUCAUCAAGGCUCGGUUUCAACGCCCACGGAAUGUUGUACAGCUGGUAGAAAAAUGGCUUCUGCGACGAUGGCAGGGGCUGAUGCCCAUAGGAUGGAGCAGAAAAAGUUUGAGUAUUUUUCCUCCAUCAACUCCAUGGCCAGGAAAAUAAUGCAAGAAAGAGAGAAAAUAAAAGAUAGAUAUGGAUCUAAUUGGGAGAAAAUGACACCGAAUGAACAAGACAGCGCAAUCGACAAUGGGAUGAUGGACCCUAAUAUUCGUGCUCGUUACGCUAUGCAUAGGGUUGACCGAGAAGAAGUAAUUUGUUAUCCUAAAUUGCUCAUUCAGACAGGCCAAAAAAUUGUCCAUUUUGGUGAUGAGGACAUAACUUGGCAAGAUGAGCACUCUGCCCCCUUCUCCUGGGAGACUAAGAGCCAGUUGGACUUCAGCCUGACAAUGGGUGAAUCGGUGCAGGGCCUCUCCUCCUCGACAGCUGAAUGCAAGCCGAGUAAAGUCCCCCAGAGCAGCCAGAUGAGCAAGGUGACCCAGAGCAGCAAGUUAUCCAAUGGUGAGAGCCUUGGCCAAGGCAGAAAAGAGGAGGAGUCCUCUUUCUGGAAGAUCAGUGCUGAGAGAUCCAGACUGGAGGGGGAACAGGUCGAAUUCCAGUCCCUAACACCCAGCCAAAUCAAGUCCAUGGAGAAGGGGGAAAAGCCACUGCCCUCCUAUCUUCGUCAGGAGUCUACCCCCAAGGAGGCAGAGGAGGCCCUGCCACGGGUGUCCAAGCAGAGAGCCCCUCGACCGCCUGCGCCUCCUCCCCCUGUGCCAGUCUGUAUGGCGCCUCCAGCAGCCAUAAGUGGUACCCAGAUGAGCGUGAGUCCUUCCCCUGCUUCUAUCAGUGUGUCAUCCACGGUGGCUGGCUGGGAGCGCGCUCAGAGCACCCUCCCAUCAGUCAGCAACACAGUGGAAGAUGUCUUCACUCCUGGACUUGUCACCAAAACCAUGGGACUGCCCUCCAAGUCCCCUGCCCGUUCAGGAACCACUGACAGAGAGGAGAAGGCUGCUGCUCAGGAUGAGUCUCAGCUGGCCAUGAGUCCCACCUUUGCUCAGCAGUUUAAUACCAGCAGUAACGUCCUGAAGACUGGAUUUGAUUUUCUGGACAACUGGUAACGGCUGCUUCAAGCAACAACAUUGUGUGACUGUAAUCAACUUGACACCAUAAGGACCAUUGUGAUGACCAUUUUGAUACAUGUAUCAAGGAAAGCCAAUACAUCUUGUCUAUUACUCUUAAAUGGCUUGUUGUGACAUAUCUCACUACAUGUGCUUUUGUUUCCCCACUGCCAGAAUCCCAACCCCUCUACUGUUACCUUUAUAACUCUGACCUCAUACUAGUGCUAAGCAUUACGGUAGUGUACACUAAUGAGAAGCACUCCAAGCGGUAUGCUUAGGCAAGCCAGCAUGUUAAGUGAUUUACACCAUCCGCUAUGUAGAUCUACAGCCAUUUUACACUACUACAGAGUACUAUUUUACAGAUUUUUGUAUGUCAACUAUAUUCAUUGUAUCAUACAAGGCCAUAUUGAAUUCAUCCAUUUUUAAAUGACUGAUUCAAUGGAAAUAAACAAACAGAACCAG